AUGAAGUUCAAUCCUUUCGUGACCUCGGACCGAAGCAAAAACCGCAAGAGACACUUCAAUGCGCCCUCGCAUAUCCGCCGCAAGAUCAUGUCCUCUCCGCUCUCGAAAGAACUUAGGCAGAAAUACAACGUUCGCUCCAUGCCCAUCCGAAAGGAUGACGAGGUCCAGGUGGUUCGUGGACACUACAAAGGUCAGCAAAUUGGCAAGGUAGUCCAGGUUUACAGAAAGAAAUAUGUCAUCUAUAUUGAGCGUGUUCAGCGUGAAAAAGCUAAUGGCACAACUGUCCAUGUGGGCAUUCACCCUAGCAAGGUAGUUAUCACCAGGCUAAAACUGGACAAAGAUCGCAAAAAGAUUCUUGAGCGAAAAGCCAAAUCUCGACAAGUUGGAAAGGAGAAGGGCAAAUAUAAAGAAGAAACUAUUGAGAAGAUGCAAGAAUAAAAUGGUCUGUUGUACAUUUGUAAUUAAAAAAUUAAAAUCA